CUCGUGAAUAUAUAUACCUCAUUUGGGAUGGUACUUAGUGUGUUUUUAUAUUUUUCUUGAAAAAUGUUAAUUUUAAAAGGUUCUGACUGGUUUGAUACGUCGAAUUUUUUGUUCGCUGAAUUUGAUAACAAUUGUACAAAUUAUUAUGGUUGUUGGUACAUGACAACGGGAAAAGUAAUCGGAAGAAAAGUGGAACGCGUGUUACGCGUAUUAGUUGAAGAUUUAAUACCUUAGCCUAUUCAGAGAAUCAAACUCGUUAGCUAUGACGUAAAUUAUAAUCUAGAAUAUAACACGAUGAAUAAGGCAAGAGUAGGGUCAGAGUAUAUCCCGUUAGUAGAAGACGAAAUGUCGAAAGCGCGACUUGUUUUGUCUUUCUCCAAGUUAGCAUGGUUCACUGUUUCCUUACCAUUUUUGGCAUUUAUUUUUUGUAUCGUUUGGUCUGUUUUAUAUAAUUUCGAGCACUCUACUUCUACUCAUUGCAAGGUUUAUAAUUUCUUACCAUCUGUCUCUGCUGCAAUUGGGCAUUAUAAGCCUCAAAGAGACAUUUGGAAAGCUGCUAUAGCGGUGCAAGCAGUGAUAAGGGUUUUGGUAUUAUUAAUGUAUUAUCGUUUUUAUAAGGAACGUAUAUAUAAGUGGGCACAAAGUAUAUGUAAUAUUGCAAUAUUUACAUAUGCCAUUGAAAACAUAUCUCUUGUAACUUUAAGUUUCUGGACUUCCGAUGAAAAUUAUGCCUUUCACAAAUUGUCUUUCAUAAUGUUUCUAAUAACAUCUUUUAUACAUAUGCUUGUGGCAUAUUUUAUUAUGAAGAACUGUUUGAACAGUACCAGAGAAUAUUCUGAAAUUGCUUCAUUGAAAUGGAAGCGCAGAUCCAUGAUAUUUAAUUUGUCCUGUGUAGCAUUCGCGUGUUACUUUUUCUAUAGACAUAAUAAAUAUUGUGAACCAUUAGUCUACUCUAUGUUUGCGUUAAGCGAAUAUGGAGUUGUCCUUUCAAAUAUGGGGUUCCAUUCAACUGCAGCUUGGGAUUUUGCAAAUUCAAGGCUUAUGAUAUCAGGAACUGGGUUUAGAAUAAUUUAAAGCAUUUUCGAAAAAAAAAAAAGAAAAAAAAAGAAAAUCGUUAUUAUUUUCACAUAGCUGUAGAACGCGUUUUUCUAUAAACAUUAAAUGUUUGGUGGUUUUAAAUCUUUAUUGUAUUAUUUUAGAAGUUUUUUUUCAUUUCUGUAUUCCGAAAUAUUUAAAUCGUUAAAAAGUAACUUUUAUUUAAUUAUUAAUAAUGCGAUUGUAACUGUAAACUGUUUAAUGUAUUGUUGUGACAAAAAAACAAAAGGUCAAGCACGGUUAGCUUACACAUAUUUCAUUACCAUAAAUGCAAUGUUACAAUGACAUGAAAAUAUGAAAAAUUAAAAUAUCACUUUCAAACAAA